AAAUUUUUCUUUUCUUUGUUUAAUCUUUAAUCCUCGAAUCCCAUGGAUGCCAAAGCCAUCAAACUCCAGAUCCUGAAGGGGUCCAUAGCGAGGCGCGUGUUCUUCCGCUCAAUCAUGCUCGCUUCCGCCAUCUCGAUCGUUUCUCUGCUCCGCGCCUUCUCCGCCUUCGACUUGGCUGACUUAGCUCCGGUGACACUGACCUACACCGACUGCGUCGCCGCGGGUUCCGAAAUGCGUUUCGAAAACGCCACUCUGCAGAGCCGCGUGCUCAGCACUUUCUGGAGCUCCUUCUACUGCGAGAAAGACGAAAACUUGACGGUCAACGUGGUCAACGACCUUAUGAAGAAGCAACUGCUGAAUUGCGGAGCCAAGAGCCUCUGCGUCGGAGAAGGUUCGGCGAUGGCCGUCGCCGCCAUGAAGCACAUGGGAUUCUCCAGCGUUACCGGUGUCCACAGGCACCGGUUCUUCUCCCUCAAGCAGAAGAAAAUCGUGUACGAGCUCAAUUACCAGGACUGUUCAUUCGAUUUCGUGCUGUCAAGGGAUCUUGACAAGGUUUCUGUUCCUGCGUUGCUCGUUCUUGAGGUUGAGCGUGUUCUAAAGCCAGGUGGUGUCGGUGCCCUUCUUGUGGGUCCCACUGGCUCCAAUUCCAUCCCCAACGACCUCAUUAGGUCUGCAACACCGGUUUCAUCGUUGCUAAGAUCUUCCACCGUUCUGCAUGUUGGUUCUGUUGGUGAUCUCAACCUUGUUGUGUUCAGGAAAAGGGUGGAAAAUGAUACUGUUUCUGGUGCUUUCUAUCAGUAUCCACUUCCUGCGGAUUGUUCUAGCAUAAGUCUUACAAAGCCUUUGAUUCAGCUCAUGGAGCCUCUUGUGAGUCAGAAGCCGCCACUUGGGUAUGAGAAGAUGGUACCUUACUUGCCAAAGUUCGUGGAUGUUUCUUCUAGGAAGAGGAUGGUUUAUAUUGAUAUUAAUGGGGGGCGAGAGAUCCUCAAUGCUAAUGAUAAUCCUAGUGAUUGGUUCUUGCCAUCUUACCCUAUUAGUCAAAAGGAUUUCAAUGUGUAUUUUGUUCACUAUAACACUUCGGUAAUGUUGUCCUAUGUGAAGCGACCUGGUGUGACAUUUGUUUACUAUCCCGGGUUGGCCGGUAAGGCCGCGGCCAAGGCUAAUCUUGAUGCUGCUGAUGAUGAUGAUGGAGAUUUGGAACCGUUUGUUGGGGAGGACGAGUUUGAUUUCCUUGCUUGGUUCAAGGAAACUGUGCAGUAUGCUGAUUUUGUUGUCCUCAAAAUGAAUGCAGGGAAUGCUGAAAUGAAGUUCCUCUUGGAUGUGUUUGAGAGUGGAGCAAUAUGCUUUGUGGAUGAAUUGUUUCUGAGGUGCCCAGAGAGUGGAAAUGACGAUGAGAAAACUGGUAUGGGCAAGGAUAGCUGCAUGGAUAUUUACAAGGGUCUCAGAAGCAAUGGUGUCUACGUUCAUCAGUGGUGGGCGGACUAAAUUAUGCAUGAUCUGAAUAAGAAGCAAAUCGUGUUUCCAAGUGUCUUGUGAGUUAUUAUUGCGUUUUGUUGUUUGUUGAGGUGUGUUGGAUGCUAUGAACAUCCGAGUGCUUUAUGGUUGGGCGCUUGCUACUAAAUAAUCAACCACUGUUGUCAUUCUCGUACGGUUUGCUAAUAAAAUCUCUGUUAUGUUCCUUUAUCUUUA